AGUGGCGGGCAUGAGAGUAAACUGCGGAAGGUCGCCAGCGGGUUCUAGUCAUUGUUGGAGUUGUUCUCUUGUGCCGCAGGGCUUCGACGAGAUUGGCGCCCGGUCGCUUACUUGGCGGGUGCAAUGGCGCUUUUCCGAUGCGUGUGGAGCGUGCUGAGUGCCCUGGGAAAGUCCGGAUCGGACCUCUGCGCGGGCUGUGGAAGUCGACUGCGCUCUCCUUUCAGUUUUGCGUAUGUACCGAGAUGUUUUUCAUCCACCGCGAAUAGUUACCCAAAGAAGCCUCUGACUUCAUAUGUUCGGUUUUCUAAAGAACAGCUACCCAUAUUUAAAGCUCAGAACCCAGAUGCAAAAAAUUCAGAACUAAUUAGAAAAAUCGCCCAACUAUGGAGGGAACUUCCUGAUUCAGAGAAAAAAAUAUAUGAAGAUGCUUACAGGGCAGACUGGCAGGCAUACAAAGAAGAGAUAAACAGAAUUCAAGAACAGUUAACUCCAAGUCAGAUUGUAUCUUUGGAAAAAGAAAUCCAGCAAAAACGUUUAAAAAAGAAAGCAUUAAUAAAAAAAAGAGAGUUAACAAUGCUUGGAAAACCGAAAAGACCUCGCUCAGCUUAUAACAUUUUUAUAGCUGAAAGGUUCCAGGAAACUAAGGAUGGUACAUCACAGGUAAAGCUGAAGACUAUAAAUGAAAACUGGAAAAAUCUGUCUAGUUCUCAAAAGCAAGUAUAUAUUCAGCUUGCUAAUGAUGAUAAAAUUCGUUAUUAUAAUGAAAUGAAAUCUUGGGAAGAACAGAUGAUGGAAGUUGGACGAAAGGAUCUUCUACGUCGCACAGUAAAGCACCAACGAAAAGUCGACCCUGAGGAGUAUUGAAAUAGAAGAUUGAGUUAUGUUCAUAAUGGAUAGACACAAGAAACCAAUUAGGUCUCAAUACCUGAAGCUAUUGAAAAUUAGAAAGGAUAAAGUUGGUGAACAUUUUAUAUUUAAUUCCUUUUUUCUUUAGCCCAUGGACUUUUCUGCCAGUUCAAUACAUUUUGUAUUAGUAUCUUGCUUUGGAAAACCCAAAGAGAUAAAAAGUUCAUGCGAAAUUUAUUUUGUGUUAAGGAACUACUGAGGAUCCAAAUAAUCCAUGAAAUGCAGCAGUGAAUCAUUUUACCUUUGAUAAAGGUAAAUCAGACUGUGAAGUUUUUUUAUACUUGAUGACUGGAAGGAGUAUUUUUGUUUCCUUAUAUAUAUAUGGAGUCAGGAGUUUCAUAUGCAAAAGUGUCCCAAAUUGUAGAAGUCAUAGUGUCCUCUGAUAUAAUUGUACAUUUUAGAAAAGCGCCCAUAAUUCAUCUAAGUAAAUUCCACUUCCUAGGUGUAAUUCACAUAUUCAGAGUUGAUGGUUGUACAUACAAGGAAUUGCUGAUUUCAAUUGCAGUUUUUUAUAAAAAGGAUGGAGAGAUUUAUAAACCUUUUCCUCAUUGCCUUUUUCCCAGAGUAAAAACAGAGAAAUUAUGUACCAAAUCUAUGCAUAUUGUUUUAUACUGCAUAGAAUAAAGAUUUUAAAUGUUUCCUAAUUAUAUGUUUUAAGGUGAAACAUUCAUUUUGCAGAUUUUGUUUUCUUUUUUAAGUAGAGGUAUGUAUUCUGAAUUAUUUUCUUUUUUCAUGUGAGUAUAUUUAUCCAUAAAGUAGAUAACCUGUAUGGUAUAAGUUUUAAAAUGAGGGAUCUAAAAAACAAGUCUCCAAACUCUUUAGGCUUGGGAUUUAAAAGUUUUGCACAACAUAUAUAAACCCAUAUAUAAGACACAGCCAGCUCUGGCCUGUAAGCCAAAUCCAGCCUAGUGGCUGCUUUUCAUAGUCUGUGGGACUAAGAAUUGUGUUUACAAUUUUAAUUCAUUAAGAAGGAAGUUUCAAGACACAUGAAAAUUAAUAUGAGGUUCUGUGUCCAUAAAGUUUUAUUGGAACACAGUUAUACUUUUAUACUCUUGUAUAAGUUAUACUUACACUCUUUUACUCAUGGUUUAUGGUUGCUUUUGGGCAACAGUGACAGUUGAGUAAAUGUUUCAGAGACUAAAGCCUAAAGCUUAAAAUAUUUACUAUCAAACCCCUUACAAAGAAAGUUUGUCAGCCUAUAGAGUGGUAUGACUGGUGUUCUAGUGUAUAAAUGUGUUGGGAUAGUUCUUUAAAACUCUUUCAAAGGUUUUUGUUUUAGAAUCUUUGUCACCAUUUACUUUAAGAGAAAAGAAGUCAGACCACUGAAAAAGCUAAGCAAACUUACUCCGCAGUGUUAGCAAGGAAAAUUAUCUUUAGUUUCACAUUAUGUUGCAGUAUAAUAAAAAAGGUCCACAUAGUGUGGAAUGAGAUUCUUUUGAAGUAUUUGCUAUGGGUUAGUAAAAUGAACUUCAGGAACUUUCUAGUUAGCACAUUACCACAAAGUCUUUAUCAGCUUUUAGCAUUUGUUUAUCCUUUAAGAGAGUUAAGCAAAGGUUUUCAAAUCCAUACCACAUUUUUGAUCAAAAUAAUUCAUCUGUCAUCAUCAGUUCACAGGAACAGGAUAACUCAAAAUUUAUAUGUGCUUUAUAUUAUGCUAGCUGUUAAGAAACGGCAGUUUCUGAAUUUCUAGAAAACUUAGAAGAUUUUUGUUGUUUCUGGAUAGAAAAAUCAGUAAAAAGUCACAAAAAGAUGACUUAGGUACACUGAGCUUGACAAAGGUAGGGACUGAAGACAAAAAAAUACAACUUAAGAGGAAGAAUAAGAUUUAAAUGUAUAAAGGUAGGUGUUUUCAAACAACUUUGUGCUGUGGUUAGGAAUACGGGACAGUCUGCCAUUAGUUAGAUACAUCAUGAAAAAAAUAGAUAAACCCAUGGUUCUGAGGCUAGAAUAUUUUGGGGAAGAAGAAACAUACACGUUUUACAGCUUUACCUGUAAAAUAUGUAUGUUUAAGUACCAGAUACACUUCAGUGGUUAAAGAUUUAUUAUUAUUAAUUUCAACAACAAAAUUUCAGAUGUCAAUGAAUUGUAAUUGAAGUCUAUUUGGGUUUCCAGGAGAAUUAAGCGCUCACUCCCUGUGGUAUCUAGAAUGUUACUCCUUAUGUACCUUCUUCAGGAGAAUGGCGAAAGACAUCAGUCAAAUAAUUUUUUGUGUCCUGUGCUUCAGAUGAGCCCAGGGAGCAUAUAGGUGUCAGUGCUGGUAGUAAAUAUUGUAGAAUGGGUGAGAUGGAGAAAUGAGUUUUGUAAAUACCUGACAAAAGUACAAAACACAUCUUUGCAGUUACCUUCUGAGCUCUUAGCAUUUUACCUAUGGAUGCUAUUUUACACUGAGCACAUUCAAAUCAAAUCUUCCCAAAUAUAUUGGGAGGUUCAGUAUCCACUAGGUUCUCAAGUAUUCAUACCCUUAUACAGGAAAAGGAAGUAUGAAACAGUGGAAAGAGCUAGAGCAGAACUAAAUUAUGAUAAUACCAAAUUGUAUUGGAUUUGCUUUGUUUCUAAAACAAUGUUAUUGUUAGUACUUUAAAUAUUAGAAUAAUCUGAUUCCACACCUUUCUUAAACUUCAAUACAUGCUGAAGACUGGCAUGCCAUAUGUCAAAUGUCAUAUUGAUUAUACACAAAGUUUCUAUUAUAAAGAAUAAGAAUUUAACAUCAGUAACCAGUGGCCACUCCUGUAGAGCCUUGGUUUUUAGAUGUUUAAGUUGUUCCAACAGAGUAAGUGCUGUAGGAAGUACAGAAGAAUGCUAGAGAGAAAGAUGCUCAAGAAAUGAAAUAGGGUUUAUGCUGUUCGUCAUAAGCGAUUUGUCAUAAAGAGAUUUUUGUACUAUUGUUCAUAGGAGUACCAAUAUUAGGUUUUUGAAGUACUUUGAUGACAGAAUAGAGGUCUGUGUGAUUAUUUUACUUUCUGACUUUUACUUAAAGAAUAUUGUGUGCCCAUUCAGCCUUUUAUGAUCAUGUAAUUUUGCUGUUGUUUUUAGCUAAUCCUUUUUUGGAAAUACCACUUUAAAAAUAAGGCGUAUGUUUUUAUAGUUGCUCUGAAUGUGUGUAUUUAAAUUUGUGAAUUAAAAGGGUAUUACCAUAAGUGGAUUUAAA